GAGCUCCAAGAAGUGGCCGAGGGCCGCGACCUGGCUUCUAUGGAGCAGGCGGUGCAGCAACUCUUGGUUGGGGUGGGGGAGGACCCGGCGCGCGAGGGCCUUAUCGACACGCCCAGGCGGUGGCCCAAGGCCUGGUUGGACAUGACCCGGGGUUACCGGCAGAGUGCCAAAAGUGGGGCGCCAAUCGUGGCCGCUGGCUCUGACGGCUUAGUCAUCGUGCGGGACAUUACCUUUGCCGCGCUGAGCGAGGCCACGCUGCUGCCGUUCCACGGGCGCUGCCACAUCGCGUACGUGCCGCGGCGGGGCGUGGUGCUGGGGCUGUCCAAGCUGGCGCGCGUGACCAAGUGCCUGGCGGCGCGCCUGCAGACGCAGCAGCAGUUCACGCAGCGGCUGGUCGCGGCGGUGCAGGAGGAGGUGCACGCGCUGGGCGUGGCGGCGGUGGUGCAGGCGUCUGCACACAUGUGCAUGGUGGCGCGCGGCGUGGAGAAGCAUGCGAGCACCACGUUGACCACUGCGGCCCGCGGCGCCUGGGCCGCCGAUGCUGUGGCGCGGGCGGAG